AUGACUUCGACUACAACUACAACCUCCCAGCUCGCCGACCUGAAAGAGGCGCGCACCUCACUGUCCAGCACCAGCACACGCUGCACCCUCAACCCAUCAUCCUUCUAUCCCACCCGCACAUUGACCGUCGACGCCCUCGGAAUCCGCGCCUUCCGCCUCCCCAUUCCCUCUCGCCAGACGGAGAUCUUCAUCCGCAACUCGGACGGCAGCGAAGCAUACAUCUCCACGCGCGACCGACUCUGGUCCGGCAACAGCGUGUUGUCCCACCCAAAGCUGGGCGACCUCAUUCGCACCGACUACUUCUUCGGCCCCAAUCGCGAGCCCAUCCUGCGCCUGCUGCAGACCUCCAGCGUCCUCCCUGAUGAGAUUCGCAUCAGCAGGCAAUGGACGUCGCGCACCACGCGGUUUACGAUGCCCGGCGGCCGGGAGUACGAGUGGGUCUACGAAAAGGAGAAGCGGGAGGGGCAACGGGUGAACCUGGUCAUUCUGCGCCCCGUCGACGUCGACGAUCAGACGAUGGCAGACAAGAGCGAGAAGAACGAGACGAGCGCAAACGAGUCCGACGAGGGAGACCGGCGGAUCGCGCAGCUCGUGCGAUCGGCGGAGACUCGUACGCCCGGAACCUCCCGGUGUACGGCGGGCAAUGGUGGGGAACUGCAAAUUGACGACGCGGGGCUCGAUGCGUGCGGGCUGGACCAGGCAGUCGUCGUCGCGACGUGCCUGGUGAUGCUGAAGAAGGAGAUGGACCGGCGCCGGAUGAUCCAGUUUAUGGCGAUUGGCGGUGCGGGCGGUGGUUCAUAG